GAGUAGAAUGGUUAGAAGUCUUUUGCCCCAGAGCCUGCUCUGGUAAGGCUUGGGAAGCUUUCUCUCUGGAUCACUGGGAAAGGGAGAGGAGCCAAACUGAACCCCAGAGUAGCCCAGUUAACACUGAGGUCUGUCUGACUCCACUCCAGGACUGUGUGGGGUCCGACUGACGAGAUGUGUCCCCAUCAAGCAAGGCACUAGAUGGUGACGUGUUGGGAUGAGAUGCCGAAGUGGUACUCCAGGGCUGGCCGAAAUGGGAGCCUGGCUGCACCCUCGGAGGUUGGUGCUAGCAAGGAGGAGAAGCCACGGCAGGGCUGACUCAAAACAGCUGUGGAGUGUGUGAAUGGCCCCCGGACCCCUAACCACCCUGUCCAUCAUGAUCCAGAGGCUGUGGGCCAGCCGUCUGCUAAGGCAUCGGAAAGCCCAGCUCCUGCUGGUCAACCUGCUAACCUUCGGCCUGGAGGUGUGCCUGGCUGCUGGCAUUACCUAUGUGCCACCCCUUCUGCUGGAAGUAGGGGUAGAGGAAAAGUUCAUGACCAUGGUGUUGGGUAUUGGCCCAGUGCUGGGCCUGGUUUCUGUUCCACUCCUAGGCUCAGCCAGUGACCAGUGGCGUGGGCGCUAUGGCCGCCGGAGACCCUUUAUCUGGGCUCUGUCCCUGGGUGUCCUGCUAAGCCUCUUCCUCAUCCCGAGGGCCGGCUGGCUGGCAGGGCUACUGUGUUCAGAUACUAGGCCCCUGGAGUUGGCCCUGCUCAUCUUGGGAGUGGGGCUACUGGACUUUUGCGGCCAGGUGUGCUUCACCCCACUGGAGGCCUUACUCUCCGACCUCUUCCGGGACCCAGACCACUGCCGCCAAGCCUUCUCUGUCUAUGCCUUCAUGAUCAGCCUCGGGGGCUGCCUGGGCUACCUCUUACCUGCCAUUGACUGGGACACCAGCGCCCUGGCCCCCUACCUAGGCACUCAGGAAGAAUGCCUCUUCGGCCUCCUCACCCUCAUUUUUCUCAUCUGUGUGGCAGCCACUCUGCUUGUGGCCGAGGAGGCAGUCCUUGGCCCACCCGAGCCAGCAGAAGGGUUGUUGGUCCCCUCCGUGUCACGCCGGUGCUGCCCAUGCCAUGCUGGCCUGGCUUUCCGGAAUCUGGGUACCCUGUUUCCCCGGCUGCACCAGCUGUGCUGCCGAAUGCCUCGCACCCUGCGCCGGCUCUUUGUGGCCGAGCUGUGCAGCUGGAUGGCACUUAUGACUUUCACACUGUUCUACACGGACUUCGUGGGAGAGGGGCUGUACCAGGGUGUCCCCAGAGCAGAGCCAGGCACCGAGGCCCGGAGACACUAUGAUGAAGGCAUUCGAAUGGGCAGCCUGGGGCUCUUCCUGCAGUGUGCCAUCUCCCUGUUCUUCUCCCUGGUCAUGGACAGGCUGGUACAGAAGUUCGGCACACGGUCAGUCUACCUGGCCAGUGUGAUGACCUUUCCCGUGGCUGCCGCUGCCACGUGCCUGUCCCACAGCGUGGUCGUAGUGACAGCCUCAGCUGCCCUCACCGGGUUCACCUUCUCAGCCUUGCAGAUCCUGCCUUACACGCUCGCCCCCCUCUACCAUCGUGAGAAGCAGGUGUUCCUGCCCAAAUACCGAGGGGACGCUGGAGGUGGUAGCAGUGAGGACAGCCAAACAACCAGCUUCUUGCUAGGCCCUAAGCCAGGAGCUCCCUUCCCCAAUGGACACGUGGGCCCUGGCGGCAGCAGCAUCCUGGUGCCCCCACCUGCACUCUGUGGGGCCUCUGCCUGUGAUGUCUCCAUGCGAGUGGUAGUGGGUGAGCCACCUGAAGCCAAGGUUGUUACUGGACGGGGCAUUUGCCUGGACCUUGCCAUCCUGGACAGUGCCUUUCUACUGUCCCAGGUGGCUCCGUCCCUGUUCAUGGGCUCCAUUGUCCAGCUGAGCCACUCUGUCACUGCCUAUAUGGUAUCAGCUGCAGGCUUGGGUCUGGUCGCCAUUUACUUUGCUACACAGGUAGUGUUUGACAAGAAUGACUUGGCCAAAUACUCACUGUAGAAUUCUGUGAGGCAUCAAAAAAGAGGAUCUGCCUCCCAGGUUCUCAGCCCCAGAGGGCUGCAGAGCUGGCUUCUUUCAGGUCUCUGUUGCCCUGAGUGGCUCUCCACUGCCAUCCUAAGGCAGUGAGGUGUAUAGUUGCACAGGUUGGAGCUUUUGGCUCUGGCUUCAGAGUCUGCCUGGCCUCCUGGCGGCUUCCCACUUGGGUGUUGGUCUGAAGUUCUGCAGGGGUGCAAAUGCAGUCUGUAUAGGUGCUUUAUCAAGGCUCCAAGUGAACGGCUAACCUCCUGCCUGAGUCACCAGAGGAAGGGCAUGGGGGGCCCGAAUGAACUUCCCCUUCAAGUCCCUUGUCCAGUUCCUGCCGCUGUGGCUCUUGCAUGAGCGUUUCUCGUAGGAAACUCUCCUCCAUGGGCCUCUACAGGGCUCUACAGAGCUCCACGGGGCUCCACGGGGCUUCACGGGGCGGAAGUUGGAAGGACCCUAGCGGGCAAGAUGAAGCCUCGCGAUCCACAGCGCUGCCUUUCUGCUGAGCCCCCCACCCCCACUCGUUUCAGGAAAUGGCUCGGCUUGUUGGCUCUUGCAUUGACACGGGCCUUUAAAUAUUUAACUUAUUUAUUAACGAAUGAGAAGGAAAUUCAUACCCAGCCUUUUUAACGUUGUGCCUAGGAGUUGAGUAGGGUGGGAUCCCCCAAAACUGGUUCCCCCGGAAUAGCUGGUCACUGUGCUAGAUAUUGCCAGACUCCUCUUCCGGGGUAAUAGAUGUGGUCCCCCAAACCGCCCAGUACCUUGGGCAAUCUAUUCUUCCCGAUUGAGAGCCAUAAGAUAUCCGGACUCAAGGCUGGCCAUUGAGGGAAAGUGGAAUGGGACCCAAGGUCUCCACAGCCUACUAAAUCCCAAUUUUCUCUUGACCCAAUUGGUUCCCUGAUUGCUCGCUGCUCCCUAUGGGAACGGACCAUGAAGAGAUUGCCCUUUCAAGUCUAGCCACUGGCUCCAGGACCUCUCUGUGGGGCUUGUUGAACCCUAAGCACAAAUGUGUUUCCUUAGGCCUCUGCCCAUCUCAGCCUCUGGGGCAAAUCUGUCACAGCCUGGGGAAAUCUCACACAAACUCAGGAGUACUCCCCGCCAGAGCCAGUGAGCUCAUCGUGUCUGGGGGGGAUUUCAGUGCUGAUUGCAAUAAUGUUAUCUAUGUCUUAUUUAUUUAGCAGAGUAAAUAUUUUAUACCGUAUGUGAUAAAUCAGAGUAUAAUGUUUAUGGUGAUGAAAUUAAAAGCUUCGUAUAUGUUUACUUGA